AUGGCGCCAUCGCCGCGCUCCGGCCGCCGGCAGGAUGCGCCCGCGCGGCCCGGCCUGUCCUCAACUUUCUGGGCGCUCGUGAUCCUGGCCGGGCUGCUCGUCGCCUACUGCGGUCAGCUGGCCGCCGGCACCUGUGAGAUUGUGACCCUGGACCGGGACAGCAGCCAGCCGCGGAGGACCAUCGCCCGGCAGACGGCCCGCUGCGCCUGCAGGAAGGGGCAGAUCGCGGGCACCACACGGGCCCGGCCCGCCUGCGUGGACGCGCGCAUCAUCAAGACCAAGCGCUGGUGUGACAUGCUGCCGUGCCUGGAGGGCGAGGGCUGCGACCUGCUCAUCAACCGCUCCGGCUGGACGUGCUCACAGCCCGGCGGGCGGGUGAAGACCACCACGGUCUCCUGACAGACACAGCCGAGAGGGGCCUCGGGAGUGGCCUCGGCUCCCUGGAGCGUCCACACCCCGGCCCCGUCCUCCGUCCACAGCGGACACCCCGGCUCUCGGCCGCCACCCGCCCGCAUUUCUCAAGGCUUCCUCGGCGUCUGAGCUGAGCCUGCCCGCCGCCGGGUGUGUUGGCCCGGGAC